GCCCCAAUUCGCAUGAAGCCUAACCCCCGACCAAGCUGAAAUUCAUCCCUUUUCCUCUUCGCCAGCACCAACAGAGAGCCUCAUUCCAGCCAUUAACUUGGUCGGGCAGUCACCCAGGAUCUUGGUCAAUAUACAUUCGUUUGCUAGGCCUCAACUUUGUUUGAGCCACUACAGUCGUUCGUUGCUGGGUUUUGUCCUUAUUUUUCUCACUCCUCUCUCGUCUUUGUUGUUGUUGCUCCCAGUCGAGUCCGUCCUGCCCGUCUCGGACCUCCGCCACGCCUCACUUCUCUUAGACCGACAGACCGCCAUCGAGCGUCGAAGCAGCCAUCUGGCUUUGGGAAGCAUAUAGAACAGCGCACAAAAGAAGGAGGUGGAAAUACAGAAAGCCUUUGUUUUCUUGUCCGAUUCUCGCCACUCUCGUCCCGAACCUUGCUGCACGCCUACCUGUGUAGCCAACACCCACGAUCAAACAUGCAGCCACAACACGCCUCUCUGCGGCUCGCUGCUGCUUUCCUGACGGUGUGCACGCUGGCCUCGGCUUGGCCAGGAUGGCUUCCUGAGGCUAAUUCUCUGGUGGUUCGUCAAGAUACUGGUGCCCCGGCCGCAACGGCGACGCCCACGGGAACCACCAGAGCCACCGGCACCAGCGACUCGGACAAGGCUGGCAUCACACCCCCGCCCAACGGGAACUCGACCAGGCCGGCCAACGGCAACGGAACCCGACCCGAAUUCGACCCGCGGGAUCCCGCCGGUGGCGUGGCCAUGAUCACUCCUGGCCCCCUGGACGGCACGCAGCUGUACAAGGUUGGCGACUACGUGACGUGGGCUUGGAACUACACCAGCCUUCAAGCCAGCCCUACCGCCAUUGACGUGCUUGUCAGCUGCAGCGCCGCCUCGCGUACCUGGACUUUGACUCAGAACAUGACGUUUGCCACGCGCGCCGACUUCGUGUGGGAUACCAAAGACAACAAGGGCUCCCCAUACCUGGUCCAGGAGUACACCCUUCUUAUCCACGACUCGGACACGGCCAUGACCCAAAGGGCCGAGGCUGGAUAUCUGGCACCCUACUCGGGCUUCAAGUUUGGCGUCUACACCGGACAGGAGUACAUCCCCAUGGCCUCGGGAUGGAAAUGUGUCUCGUGCAGCGGCGCCGCCUCGACCAUGGACAAGCGCGCCCUUGGCGUUGCUCUGACCACGAGCGUCAUAACCGUUGCGGCCUUCACGUGGUUCGUCGCUGGCGCCGUCUUCUGAGACGCUCAAUGUCCUCCAUGCCUGCUCGAGCCGCUGCCUCGAUCAAGUUCAUGGCAUCUGCUCCCACCACCGCCGAGAUUCAGUUCAUCUAGCCCUUCAUUUUGGAAAUCAAGGCACCUCACCAUAUGCAGUCUGACGACCAUCAUGGCAUGUUUCACUAUAUAAUCAAUAAUCCCCUUCCCCCCUUUUCUCUAUCUGCAUCCCGCCUCAACUUCCGUCUUCCGUCUUUUCACGUCGGUUUUCAUAUACAUGUUUUUUUUCACGGAACACACCAAAACAUCAGGGGGAGAGCGAACGAGGAGUGAUAUCUACCCGGGAGCUUCUUGAUUCACGUGGGCGGCGUUUUCGGCACUUUCUCAGCUAUCAUGUUUGGCUUUCAGAAGAGAUGUCACCGGGUAUAUAACUUGCAUUUGCGGCAACGAUGGUGGAGAUGGUCGGCGCAGAGAUGCCGCCGGGGCAACCAGUCCACUCGCUAAAAAGAAAUCGGGGGGAUUCGUGGUUUGGUCCUUUUUCGGUACUGUUAUAAUGAUGACGAUGAGCGAGCAACUUAAGAAUCGAGAAUUACAAGGAAUCAAGAGGCAAUCUUGUACCCCUCUCACUCGCCCCCGUCUCUUUGGAAAUCCGAACGCGGGCGUGAAGGUUUGCCCGUGUCAAUAUGCAUGUCCAAGAUGGCUUCAGUUUAUACCAUUCGAAGCGAGAAGCCGCCA